CUUAUCGUUAUCGCGCAUAUUGCAUUGUUUUCGGAAAAUGUAAAUAAUAAAUUGUUUGCGUAUCUCAUCAUCGUUAAAUGAUAAUCGUUAAAUAAAUCAUUAGUGUAUCUCAUCGCGAGCUCAUCACUAUGACCAGUCUGUAUAUUGAUAUAAGAGAUGAUCAGUGGCCGCUUGUAUACGAUGAAAAAUAUAAUGUAUCUUUUUGUGGGCUUGAGAAGUUACAUGUAUUUGAUGCUAAGAAAUGGCGAAAUAUAAUUCAGUAUCUUUUAGAAGCUAACUUCAUUACUCAAGAAUGCCUUGUAAAACCUCUUGAAGCAAAAGAGAAUGAACUGCUUGUUGUCCAUACAAAGAAAUAUCUUAAAUCUCUUAAAUGGAGUGCAAAAGUGGCAAUAAUAGCCGAGGUCCCUGUAGUGGCUGUUCUCCCAAAUAUAUUUGUGCAACAUGCUUAUUUGAAGCCUAUGAGGUUGCAAACUGGUGGCUCAGUGUUGGCCGGUAAGCUAGCACUAGAGCGAGGCUGGGCAAUAAACGUGGGCGGUGGCUUCCACCACUGCAGCGCGCGUCGAGGUGGGGGGUUCUGCGCGUACGCCGAUAUCACACUCCUUAUAAGGAAUCUAGUCAUACAUAGGAAUGUGCAAAAUGCUAUGAUUGUGGAUUUGGAUGCUCAUCAAGGUAAUGGCUACCAGCGUGAUUUCCUCGGAGUUCCAGAAGUCUACAUCAUGGAUAUGUAUAACCGACACAUCUAUCCCAGGGACGAAGUGGCCAAGAGAGCUAUCAGACGGAGGAUUGAAUUAGGGAACAAGGUUGAAGAUUUGGAGUAUAUGUUGAAACUGAGGAAGAAUUUAAAAGCUGCCCUCAAAGAGUUUAAGCCAGACAUUUUGGUAUACAACGCUGGCACAGAUGUAUUGGAUACAGAUCCACUCGGACACAUGCGGAUCAGUGAAAUUGGUAUCAUAAAACGCGAUGAAUUUGUCUUCGAGAUAUGUAAACAGAAGGAGAUUCCAGUAGUGAUGCUCACCAGCGGUGGUUAUUUGAGGAGGACCGCAAGAAUAAUAGCAGAUUCCAUCAUAAACCUUAAGAACAAAGGCCUAAUUGGAUGCGAACCUAACAACAAAGUUAAAGAUAAACCGGAAACGUUUUAAAAGGCAUCAAAUUAGAAAAGUGCACCUUAUUCUAAUUCACGAAGGCAGUUUUUCCAUUGUAUUUUUUCAUUAUGAAGCAAAAUGUGCAAAUUAUUUUAGUAAUAUAAAUUGUGUCUCACUAAGACAUGAGUUAGAGUAGUUUUUUCUUUGUCAAUAAUUCAUAAAAAAAUGGAUCUUAAUAAAUGAGGCUAAGAGUAGUUUUUCCAUUAAAUUUUUAGGUAAAUUAAUUGGUACCGUUUGAGAAUUAUUGUACGAUUUAUUAUAAUAAUGUAUAACCUAUUCUAACCACAAGAGGAAUAAACCCAAAUAAACAAAUUUGACUUAGAUAUAAUUGGUUAUCAAUAUUGACGCGAUGCCAUUGGUCGAGAUCUAGAAUAAUCUAUGAUAUUCACUAUGGAUUCGAGAAAAAAUGGCGUUUUCAAUGUUCGCGAAUUUUGUAAUCGGAAUUUCGAAAGUUAAAUUAAUGUGGUUAUAACUAGUUAAGUGGAAUAGUUUUGUGUUAUAAAUAAAGAUAAAUUAAUCAAGAACCGUUUAUAGUGCGUGUAAACAGCAAAAUAAUUAGACGAUCGCAUGCAAUUUGUAAACUAUGGUUUGAUCUUUAUACCUACUCCGAUUGGAAUAGGGUAUGUAUAGGAAGUUUCGUUAUUAUAGUUUAUUAGU